AUGGGGGAAAAGAAUUCUACGGAUGAAUUGGUGGCCAAGGAAUUCCCUAGCCUCCUGAAGGGAAUCAUUGAAAAGGGAAGAUACCUCCCGGAUGCCAUUUAUAACAGGGAUGAGGCAGGCCUCCAGUACAAAAGGAUGACAAAGUCAACUUUCCUGGCCAAAAAAGUCAAGCAGGUUCGUGGGAGGAAAGCUGAUAAAUCCAGGCUCGCUGUGCUGUUUUGUGUGAACAGUACUGGUGCACACAGGAUGAAGCCCCUUGUUGUGCACACAGCCAAACACCCUCGAUGCUACAACCAUCUUUCUGAUAUGAAAGAUGCACCAGUGUACUGGAGUUCAUCUAAAAAGGCAUGGAUAACAUCAACAAUUUCGCAAGAUUGGCUCCUCAACUGUUUUGUGUCCGACGCCCGUCGGAAAUGCCUUCUGAAUGGGCGUGAAUUCAAGGUCAUCUUGACUCUGGACAACUGCCCAGCACACCCUUCGUUUUUGGAUGGCCUUCACCCAAACGUUCGUGUUGUCUUUCUUCCUCCUAACACCACUUACUCCUUCAACCUUUAG